AUGAACCCCAGCAACUUCAGCCCGGCCGCACUCCCUUGGAUGCCUGGCAAGAUGAAAUCAUGCGACCUUUGCAGUCAAUGGUUCAGAGUGGGCGAGGACAUCAGUCAACACGAAUGCGUUCCUCCUAAAGCCAACGAGCCAGACAUCAAAAUCAAGCAAGAGCCCGUUGAGGCUGGCAGCUCUGAGAGUCCGCCAGUCAGCCCAGUCACCAGUCCUACCUCCGCAGAGCGUCCAGGUCGCAGAGGCAAAGCGAGAGGAUUCGAACUACUUGCUGAUUCUCCUGCCACGCGUAGCAACGGGGAAGAAGGUACAAGCGAGGAUUCCAACCCCGAAGGAAUCACAGACACUGAAGACUGGACUACAGAUUACCCUUCUCGACUUUACGGCCCAGAUGGAUCCCCUUUACCAUCACAACGCACUGGAAGACGUGCGCCUCCGGCAUCUGGACCUUCUCCCAGCCAAGGAAAGAGACCAAGUCCAAACUCAGAUCGCGCCAACAACAAGAGAAACCGUCCUUCUGCAGAAUUUACCUUCUCUCCACCACAAAGGACUGGACGUCGUGGACCGAGAGGAGCUGCUCGACCAUCGCUUGACAGCAACGCGGCGGCGGCUUCAUCGCCAAAUCCUCCUGCCCAGCGACAAGCUCCGGAAGUCGAAGUGGCUCAAGCAGUCUCGCGCAUGGUCCAAUCUAGGGUGGAUGUCGUAAGUCACAACGAGCGCCUUUAUGUUGAGCGCAUGAUUGCCAGCAAGCUCGACGAGUAUCGUCAGAACGAAGCGACUCGGUUCCAUGCAACUCUUGUUGCGAAGUGGAGAGCAAAUUAUCAGCAGACUGUGACCGAAUUGACGGAUGAGAGGUUCAAUCAUCGGUGGGAGGAAAUGAAUGAUGGCUUCAAAAUGACUGGUCCAAUCCUCAAGAUUGUGAGAGAGGCGGUCGACCAGAGAUUCAAUGAUCGCGUGAAGCAAUUGGGUGACAAGCGAGGAUCGGAGCAAGGUCUGGGCGAGGUGAAGGACGAGGUCAAGGAUGAGAUGCAAAGGAGGCUGAAGAUGCAUGAGAGAAAUCCGAUCCUGGAGCAGCUGAUUGGGACUCAGCCCGUCAAGAAGAAGUCGAUCGAGCGUGAGGCAACGAGUGUUUCCAAGGACGAGGAUGAUGAGCCUGUUGAGCGCGGUCGCAGCGAGAAAUGAGCCUGUGACGGAUGAAGGCGAAGAGUUGCUGAUUUCGCAGAAUGACAUCGAGGGAUGGGAAGAGGGCUUGCAGAGACAGGCGAGCUGUUGGGAGCUGAUGCACGCAUAGGUAGUAUUGUUAUUGCUAAGCUGAGUUGAGUCGUUCGAUACCUUGCCAUUCUCUUCGCUGAGAUGCCCAGCUUCAUCACACUGGAAGACGUCUGUCUGCAGCAAUGGCAGUGCACGAUCGAUUCAGCACAGACAGUUGCGAGAAUGCGAUACAGUAUGCGAAGUGGUGCCGGAUUGGUGUUGCGACACAGACCGUGUCUUAU